AUGAAAGUUUUUCAUCUCGACGGUGAAAACACUCUCUCCGUAUCUCUCUUCUCCGAUGUCACCAACUCCAAGGAACUCUUGAGUUCGAUUCUAGAUGGAACUUUGAAGCUUGAAGUCUCAUUUCUCAAUGCAUUACUCGUAAGUUAUUCUUGUCUUGUUUCCUCAAUUUUCAAGAACGGCUUUAGAUUUCUUGAUCUUUUUUUUUUGUAUUAUCAGAUCCCAGAUGUUUUCCCUCUCUUAGCUGCUGCUCAGAAAGCACUUGUCUCCAAAUCACGUGAUUCGUUAUCAACCCGAACUCUUCAUUCUGAGCUCGUCUACAACUACUCCGGAUCCAAACAUAUUACAGAAUCGUUGAAACGAUGUGGGAUAUCUGAAACUACUACUUACAUUCUAGCUGCACGGUUCAAUGCUUCUCCCCUUGAGAUGGAGGAAGUGGCGAAUUUGAUCAACGGGAAGGAAAUUGAGUUGGAGGAAUUAAAGACGAAAGCAAACCAAGCCCAUAUUUUAAAGCAAUACAAGAUAACUAGCCAAGAGCUAGGGAUAUCCUCUCUCGGUGAUGCUAUUGUUUGCCGGAUCGCUGCACGUGACGCAUUGUAAAACAAGUGAUGUCUCUUUCUUUCUUUUGUCACCAAGCAUAGGUUUCUCUGUUAUAACUGAAUUUGAAACUUUAUUUUGUAAUUCUUUGCAUUGUUCUUACAUCAGAUUCCAAGAUGGGUUUCUUAACCUCUUUAUUUCCCUGUUGUUAUAAUUUUAUCAGACCAAGAAUCUUGCUCACUUUUAACAAUCCAAACCAUUUAGUUUUGCACUUAACUAUAAAUAAAACAUUGAACAAUUUAACCUGAAAAGAAUCAGUUCUUUUUUUUUAUGAACGAGUAACUACAUCUUUGUAACUACAAUUUAAUCUGAGAAGAAUAAAUUUAUUUUUCUAUAUUUUAUUUAUCACUGGAACAUAUCAGCAAUAGUGUUUCCUGAAUCAGAAGAACUCCCAUUCCCAAAAUCCAUCACCAUCUUCAAAUACU